AUGGUCUUCUGCGCCCCUAGCAAGUACUUUGGCGCAGGCGACUUCCCGCUCGGGCCGGCCGUCGUCCUCGCCGUGCUCAUGACCAUGGGCGUCUACGACGGCGCGUCGGCGUACCCGGCGAUGCCACUGAGCGCGUUCCCGUGGCCGGCCUUCGAGGCCAAGUACGUCCUUGGCCCAGUGCUCGGCUACGGGUCCUACUCGAUCCUCAUGGAGAAGGCGGGCAUGACGCCAGACGAGAUGGCCACCGUGCCCCACGAAGUACACUUUAUGCGCCGCAUCAACCACCCGCUGUCGCUCCAGCUCCUCGACUUCUUCGAGGACGACGUCUACUUCUACUUGGUCUCGGAGCUCCUCCAAGGUGGCACGCUCUUUGACCGGAUCAUUACCAAGGACCACUUCUCCGAAGACGGCGCGCGGGCGAUCGUGCGCCAGCUCGUGCAAGUCAUCGAGUGCUGCCACCAGCGCGGUGUCAUCCACGGCGACCUCAAGCCCGAGAACAUCCUCAUGGUGCACGACCUUAACGAGACGGGUAUCAAGGUCGGCGACUACGGCUGCGCAUCGACUGUGGCCGACGCGAUGGACCCGUCGACAACUCGCUUCUGUGGCACGCUGGCAUACGCGGCCCCCGAGAUCCAUGACGCCAAGCCAUACGGGACGCCCGUGGACAUUUGGAGCAUCGGUGUCAUCGCGUUCAUUCUGCUCUGCGGCAACUUUCCGUUCAGCGACCCAGAGCCGCUUUUGCUGUCGUACAAGGUAACGACAGGCGACUACACGUUCCACGAGAGCGAGUGGAGUCACGUCUCGGACGAAGCCAAGGAGUUCAUCGCGGAGCUUCUCUCAGUGGACCCAGCACGGCGACCGACGGCGACCGCGCUCCUUGCCCACCCGUGGCUACAGCACGCGACCAAGAAGACCACCGAGCACUCGAUGGCGGCGCCCGAGAUCGUGACGUCGCUCCUCCCGACCCCAACGCAGCGCUAUCGCAAGUGCAGCAGCGCGGUGCUGGAAGAGCUCCACAUGCUCAUCGCAGCCAUCUCGGCCCGCGACGCGAGCUGCUAA